CAUCCACUCUCCUCCUCCUCCUCCUCCUCCUCCGGCCUCUCCCCCAACUCCAAACGUACACCUUUCGCCACCCUCCUGCAAUGGCAGCCUCCGUGGCCACCUCCUCCCUCCUCUCCAACCCCAAGUCCCUCAUCUCCGACAACCACCACCGCUCGUCCUUCAGCGGCUUCCGCCUCCCGGCCACCGCCCUGCGCUCCCUCCCCGGCCGCGGCAGACCUUCCUUGUCCGUCACCGCCGCCUCCGCCGCCCCCAGGUACGACCUCGAUUCCUUCCGCUUCGAGCCCAUCAAGGAGUCGGUCGUUUCCCGCGAGAUGACCCGCCGCUACAUGACCGACAUGAUCACCUACGCCGACACUGACGUGGUGGUCAUCGGCGCCGGCUCCGCCGGGCUGUCCUGCGCGUAUGAGAUAUCCAAGGAUCCGUCGGUGCGCGUGGCCAUCGUGGAGCAGUCCGUCUCCCCCGGCGGCGGUGCGUGGCUCGGCGGCCAGCUCUUCUCGGCCAUGGUCGUCCGCAAGCCCGCCCACCUCUUCCUGGACGAGCUCGGCGUGGCUUAUGACGAAGCCGACAGCUACGUCGUGAUCCACCACGCCGCGCUCUUCACCUCCACCAUCAUGAGCCGCCUCCUCGCCCGCCCCAAUGUCAAGCUCUUCAACGCAGUCGCCGCCGAGGACCUCAUCGUCAAGGAAGGCCGCGUUGCCGGCGUGGUGACCAACUGGGCGCUGGUGUCAAUGAACCACGACACACAGUCCUGCAUGGACCCCAACGUGAUGGAGGCCAGGGUGGUGGUCAGCUCCUGCGGCCACGACGGGCCGUUCGGCGCCACCGGAGUGAAGCGGCUCAAGGGCAUCGGGAUGAUCGAUUCCGUGCCGGGGAUGAAAGCCCUCGACAUGAACGCGGCGGAGGACGCGAUCGUCCGCCUCACCAGGGAGGUCGUGCCCGGGAUGAUCGUUACCGGCAUGGAGGUCGCCGAGAUUGACGGUGCUCCAAGAAUGGGGCCGACCUUCGGGGCGAUGAUGAUCUCAGGGCAGAAGGCGGCACACCUGGCGCUCAAGGCAUUGGGGCGGCCCAACGCUAUCGACGGCACCAUCGGAGCGGAGGCGGUGCAGCCGGAGCUGGUACUGGCCUCGUCGGACGCCGGGGAGAUCGUCGACGCCUAAGACUGCAGCCACCACAGCAGCUUUUCCUGGAAAUAAAAGAUGGUAAGGGGGCAGGGGAGGGGUGGAUGGUGAUGGGACUUUUGUUCUUGGUGGGUUGGAACGAUAAGACGCAGAGGGGGAGGAGUGACCGAGAGAGAUUCGAGACAUCUUCUUCUUCUUCUUCUUCUUCUUCUUCUUCUUCUUGGGUUCUCUUUAAAUGCUAUGCUGCUCUCUUGUUGUUAAGAAAGUAUCAUCCUAUUAUCUUC